CCCUUUUACACACAAACAACCCUGUCAAUGGUUAAUCUGUAUAUGGGACUCAGCGGGUGCAUUUCACAGGGGGUUUGACCCAGAGGUGUGAUUCCGCUGCUAAAUGUGGAUGAAUGGGUGAAAGGACAGGGGUGCCAGGACAUGGGAAUUCAUGCAGCUGCGGCCGCACCGCUCACAAAACAGCGCAAACUAGCAUUAAAUCUCUGUUUGCAAUCAAAAUAUUCAGGUCACACAAAACAUUGUUUAAUGAGGGUAACUGACAUGCAGGUGUACACAGUAACUAGACGUUCUCUGCACUCACACACAUGCCACCUGUUCACUCCCACCAUUAGCCUCUAUCUGAUGACUCUUUGUUUUUGAUACCAGUUCAGCACACCUCUUGCAUAACACAUCCAAUAGGCCAUUAGUACAUAUAAAUGCUGGUUGGCAGUAGAGGUCAGAGGAGCCGUUCUGGGACAACAGCGGAGAAAACACAGAAGAGAAGCUCACUCCAAUCAUGGAUUUUCCCUGGAAAUUGUUCCUGACUAUUUUUAUGGUGGAUGCCAUCAGUCAUGCAGCUGUGGACCCACCUAGUCAUAUGAAUCACUUCAUCCAUGUUGUGAAGUGGAUAGAAGCUCAAGACACUGGACUGGAGCCAGUUGCCUUGCUGAAGGAACUGCGUAAAACAGCUGGGUUAGACAGCUCCUUCAUUCAGCACUAUUUGGGAGGUUUGGACCAGAGGAGCAGUAGGCUGGUGACAAACUCCACUGUCACUGAGUACCUGUCAACGGCAAUACAUCAUAUGGUGACGGAGUCAGGUGUGGAGAAGGGUGUCGUUCUUACCAGUGAUGGCACAACAGUUGCUUUGGCUCCCCUCCUAUUGGGCAUUGAAGCUGGCCUGCAGUCAGUUUCCAAAGGCCGUGUCCGUGGGCUCUACCCACUGGCACUGGCCAAAACCUUGGCUGCGUCCUUUCUCCAUCGCUCAAGAAGCUCUUCAACCGCUCAUCGUUUGGGCUCAGAUGGAUGCUGGGAUAAUGUGAGCUCCCCUAAGGUGUUCACCCUUGCAGAUGUCGCCUCUCUGGUCACUGACGCUCAGGUAAACGGUGGCAUGGACGGGGUGAUUUUGGGGAUGAAAGUAGCCGACCCUUCCCGUCAUCGCGCCAAGCUGAGCACCCUGCUGAUGCAAUACUACCGUCAAAGGGUCAAUGGGCUGGAUAGUGCUCCCAGGCUCAUUAGUCCCAGACGCAGGCAGAACUUUAAGCGGUUGUCCAGACCAGGUUUCCUGAAAAAGCAGGUGAUGGGCACCUUGGCUGUGUACCAGAAGUUAAAUAAAGGUCAAGGGAAACAGAGAAAGACAAAUAAAGAAACACUGGAAAGAAUUGUACGGGAAGGAAUCAAUGCAUUUGAACACAGGUACACUGUAUGUCCAGCCAUCAUUCCACGCUGCCAGUGGGAAGCAGAACCAUAUCGCGGCACUCCGACCCUUCUCUCUCUGCCUCUGUCCUUCAUGUACAUUCACCACACACACACGCCUGGCAAGCCUUGUCUGACUUUUGAACAGUGCUCCCGGGACAUGAGAGCUAUGCAGCGUUUCCACCAGGAAGACCGUGGUUGGGAUGAUAUUGGAUACAGUUUCGUGGCGGGGUCUGAUGGCUACCUAUACGAAGGUCGUGGUUGGCACUGGCAAGGGGCCCACACUAAGGGACAGAACUCCAAGGGCUAUGGGGUGUCAUUCAUCGGGGACUACAUGGAGCUCCUGCCAUCCACUAGUGCCCGGGACCUGGUGAGGCACCAGCUGGCAAUGUGUGCAGUGAGUGGUGAACGGCUGGUAGCAGACUACAUUGUGCACGGACACAGACAAUUGGUGAACACCGCCUGUCCUGGUGAAGCCCUCUAUACUAAUGUGCAAACCUGGGAGCACUACAAGGAAAUCCAGACCUGAAGAUUACAAGGCAGAGGGAACUUAUCUUGAAGCAAGCAAGACGAUGACAUUAAAAUAAUGACCUUAUACUCAGAUUGUUUCUUUAUUGUUUUUCUACUGUAAGCUUGUGUUGACAGAGGGCUGGACAAAAGCUUUAUCUACCUACCAGAGCUUGCACUAUGUUCUCUACUAUCCGGUCAUUGGAUAAUAUGACAAAUCAGAGUCAGGCCAAGCCUUACAAUGCAAACUUGUGACACAGACUAUAUGAGCAAUCUAUCAACCUUAGAUGUAUUAACACAGGGCAGUGAUGCUUGUGAUCUCAAGACACUGCUGCCCUCCUCAGGUAAAAAUAAGAAUGACAUGGAGUACAAUCAUGUCAUUCUAAUCAAAAGCCACAGCCACAAUUCCCCAGAACAGACUCUCUGUUGCAUACAGAGAUGAUGGCCAGAGCUGCGUCCUUGUUUUGGAAUGUGUUCUUCAGACAUCUUUUAUAUCAGUGUAAGUUCAGCUAGACAAGGAGGCAGUGUGUCUGUGAACAACAAAACAUGACCCAUGUCUUUAAUGGUCCGAUGUUUAGUUUUAGUUUGAAAUUUAAAUGUUUCCAGACAUAAUGGUGUAAUUCUAAAGGAAUACUGUAAAUAAUGAUUUGACAAAAUU